AUGGAGCCCGUGCCAGUUCCUAUCGCCACGGCACCCGAAGGGCCACUGGCCGAGGGAGAGUGGUUUCUUAGAGUAGAGGAACCGGUUCGGCGCGGCACCACACCCAGGACCUCAGUACCAGCUCCUUCCGUCACAGACCCACCGAGUGAUGAGGAUGCCCCUCCAAGGAGGACCACUCGGGCCACGGCCGGAAGACACCCAAAUCGCUACCACCUUCCCCAACCAGUAGGGAGUAAUGCAAUAGGGGCUACAAACUCGCAAUUGCCCGCACCCAGUACAAGAGUGUUCCGGCCAUGGCAGUAA